AUGGCAGACGAGGAUCUAGCCACGAGAGCGCCGGAGAGCGAUGCGCAGGAAGACGGCAAGACUGAGGCAGACUCGAAGCCAGACCAAGGCGCGGCGAGCAUGGGAGUAAGCCAGCCUCCUCACCCUCCGGCGAGUGAAUGCAUUCCGCUGAUCUGUACGAUUGCUGUAGGGGCAUUGCACCACCGAUCGACCCACACGUACGCCGCCUUCGUUCGAGACAGACAAGAAAGAGCAAGAAGGGCUGAUUGAUUGAUUGAUUGCUGCAGCGGCUGACGAACAAUCCACCGGUGUAUGGCUAUCUCAUUACACGGAAUGACAGCCAACUGGGACUAAGUGGAUAUGUCUAGGAACUCGCAAGACUGAACGAUGUUGAGGUCUACAUCGCCAAACCGGCGGACUACCCUCAUGCUGGAUCUAAACUCCUGCUCCUCCUGACUGGAGGUACGGGUAUACACAGUACGAACAACCAGCUUCAGGCAGACAGGUUCGCUGCGGAAGGGUUUCUUGUUGUCAUGCCGGACCAGUAAGUGCAUGGGAGCUCUCAAUCACAACACGAAGCACGAAUCGGUAACGAUCGGAAUAGAUUCGGAGGCGACCCAGUGACGAGCAUCAUCCAAACGCCUACCACGCCCGCAGAACCAAACCCGACUCUGAUCGAACAGGUCAAACUUGGCAUUGCCUCAGUCGCCAAGUCCUUCUCCAUCGACAUGUGGCUCGCACGACAUACGCCUGAAAAAGUCCUUCCGAUCGUGCAGAGAGUCAUCGAUGCUAUCAGGGAAGAAUUCGCCGAUGCCGUGGCCCACGGUGAUGGGAUUUAUGCGGUUGGGUACUGCUUUGGCGCCAAGUACGUCCUGUUACUGGGCUCUGAGCUGCAUGCGGAUGUCGCUGCGGGCCAACGCUCCGCUGAGACGGAAGCCGAGGAGGGAAUGGUGAAGAAACGCCCAUUCAUCAAAGCCGGAGCCAUUGCCCACGGCACGCAGAUCACGGCAUCUGAUCUCGAAAACUGCAAAGUGCCACUGAGUAUCGCGGCGGUCGAGGACGACAGCCUCUUCCCCGACAAGAUCCGUGAGACGGGCAUCCGGAAGCUCAAGGAGAAGGGCAUCGAACACGACCAUCAGGUAUAUUCCGGCGUUCCGCACGGUUUCGCGGUUCUGGGCGAGUAUCAAGAAUCGCAUAUCAUGGAGAAGCAGAGGGAGGCUUUUCGGCAGAUGCUGAGCUUCUUACAGCAGCAUUGA